AGCAAAGUCUCAGUUGUGUGUCGAACGUGAAUCUGAACAUUUUGCUACGGUGUAUUUGGGCGAGGAUAAUGACUUUUAGAUCCUUUGUAUUAGGCGUUGUUGUGGUCUCCCUCGUCUAUCCAGCAAUAGCAACGGAUAAUUCCACAUUGACGGCUGACGAUGUCCGAGAUUUGCUAAUGAAGACAUUGCUAACGAAUUAUCAUCCAUCAUCUAAACCGGGACCAUCGAAUGAAAUAAUAAUGGUUUUCGUCAACAUUGAAUUGCAGCAUUUCGAUUACCGUGCAAGAGAUGGGGCAUUCCAUUUAGUGGGAAUUUUGUACGCCAGAUGGCGUGAUCCAAAAUUGGUUUGGAAUCCAUCGAAUUAUGGUAACAUGCGCCACAUAAGUAUUGGACAGCGAUAUGUUUGGGUUCCGGAUUUGGAAUUCUACAACAAUGCUCCAGAUAAGUUCAUGCGAAUGCACCGAAACGGCUUUGUGACGGUUAAAAAUAAUGGUGUUGUCCUUUGGAGUGACACUAUUGAAGCGAACAUCUUUUGCUCGACCAACAUGAAAAACUGGCCCCACGAUAGUCACGAUUGCAAGCUGACCCUGGGCUCGUGGACUUUUGAUGGUCUCGAGCUGGACAUCCUGCACAUCAACGCCAAUGCCAGUAUGAACUUCUCGGUAACCAAUAGGCUGAACAUGGAAUACAAAGUGACAAAGUACAACGCGUCACAUGAAACAAAAUAUUAUCCCUGUUGCCCAAGUCCCUACGUUUCCAUGGACUACAACAUCACAUUCGAAAGAGAAUCGUCCUAUGUCGUCAUAUUCCGUGUGCCCGGGAUAUUGAUAAUUGCUUUUACGCUUUUGGGUUUGAACCUAGAACCAAGCCGAUGUGAAAUGUUUUGGCUAAAUGCCCUGAGUUUGUGGCUUAUAACCGGACAUCUCAUCUACUUUGCUAAUAUCGGUCACCAUUUUUCGAAAGAAACACCAAACAUUGUUAUUUUUUACAGCACAAGCUUCAUUUUGGUGACCAUUUCCCAACUGGUAGCUGUAUUCUCUAAGUACGCCACUCGUUCUCAAUUGAAGUUCAAGUAUCCUAUGCCGCAUAUGAUAGAUUGGAUGCUGUAUUCAACAUUGGCAUUGCGACUUGUUCCAGUUGAGGGGACGCAGAAUGCCUUUGGCCGAAGUAUGAGGCAUUCUAAAUUAGUGCCACUGGAAGGGAUGGAUGAUGUUUCGAACUUGAUUGAUCAGCGAUACCAACCUGAAAUUGAUUGGACACGUUUCGCAAAACUGUUGCAGCGCCUCACAUUUUGCUCAAUAGCUAUAACUUACCUAAUAGUAUCAACAGUUUGUUUUGUAUAAAUUUCGAACAGAAAUGAAAAUAUCAACCUAAGAUCCAAGUUUAAUAAAAAAAAUGCAAUGGUUUCUUAUAUAAAGACUAUGAGACCUGUACCGGGUUUCGGAAACUCAAAACAAAA